AUGAAGGUAGUUAUCAUUGGAGCCGGAAUUGGUGGAUUAGCGCUUGCUAUUGCCUGUCGACAGGAGAAUUUAGACGUGGUAGUACUCGAGCGAGCACCAGCCUUAGAGCCUAUUGGGGCAGGAAUUCAAAUACCACCUAAUGCUGCACGAGUAGCUCGCCAGCUAGGGGUUAUUCCCGCUUUGAAAGACAAGGGAGUCAUAGUAGAUUCUAUCGAGUAUGUGAGAUACUCGAAUGGAAAGCCUCUUUUCGGAAUGGACCAGAAUGAUAUAAUUGAAUCCUUUGGUGACACCUGGCUUGUCAUUGCUAGACCAGAUUAUCAUCAAGUGUUGUGGGAAGCCGCAAAAAAUGCAGGCGCAGAGCUACGACUCGGUUCUGAAAUGGAAACGAUUGACUUCCAAGCAUCAUGCGUCUAUUUGGUGGGUGGUGAGAAGGUGGCUGGCGAUGUCAUCGUUGGCGCAGACGGUCUGUGGUCUCAGGCCCGUAAUCAACUGCUUGAAAAGGAUUCUCCUGCUGUAGAAACCGGAGACUUGGCAUAUCGAUGCACUAUUCCCGCGGAAGACUUACAAGCACUCAACGACCAAGCGCUUAAUGAGCUUAUGCAAAAGAAAACUGCUACUUGUUGGAUGGGACCAGGCCGGCACUGCGUUCUUUAUCCGUUGAAGGGCGGCAAAGCCUUCAACCUUGUUCUCCUCGGGCCCGAUAACCUUCCAAAGGAUGUGCGACGAGCACCUGGAAACUUGGAUGAGAUGAGACGCAGCUUCGAGGGCUGGGAUCCACGGUUGACCAAGAUGCUUUCUGCCGUAACAUCUGUGCUCAGGUGGAAGUUGUGCCACCACGAGGAGCUUGAGAGCUGGACACGAGAGUCUGUCGUGCUGCUGGGUGACGCUUGCCAUCCAACCCUUCCAUAUCAAGCACAGGGUGCUGCAAUGGCAGUCGAGGACGGGGCUGUGCUCGGCAAGCUCCUUGGCUUGCUAGACAAGUCCCAGCCACGUAUGACUGAGCUUAGAAACCGAGUGCCAGAGAUACUCAAGGUCUAUGAGAGUUUACGAAAGGCGCGGACUUCGGCCAAUGUACAGGGGGCAGCCUCGAAUCGGCAGACUUAUCACUUCCCAGACGGCCCUGAUCAAGAGGCCAGAGAUGCUUGGAUUUCAUCCUCGAAAAGUUCCCCUUCGACAUAUACAUACGCCUUUGCUGAUCCCGAGUAUCUGAGGACUAUGCUAGCUUUUGAUUGUAUCGCGGACAGCAUCCGUGCAUUCAAGACUUGGGAAAGCAAGCAACGAGAUCUCCUAGUUGGGAAAUUAUAG